AUGCCGCUGCCGUCUUCCUUCAAGGGCUUAGUAGACAAACUCGCCGUCGAGACUGAAGAGGGUUUGACGCACUCCCAGCUUAUGCUCAUCAACAAUGACCUGAAGCCAGUUGAAAAAGAACGCCGGCAAUGGAGCGCUUGGAACUUUGUGGGAUUUUGGAUUGCCGACUCAUACAAUAUCAAUACGUGGAUGGUAUCGUCGUCCAUGAUUAUCGGUGGGCUUUCAUGGUGGCAGGCUUGGAUCUGCGUCUGGGUCGGCUACUCCAUUGCUGCCUGCUUCAUCGUCAUGAACGGCCGCAUUGGAGCCGUAUACCACAUUGGCUUUCCCGUCGCUAAUCGUGCUUCCUUUGGAAUAUUUGGAAGUCUGUGGCCAGUAUUUAAUCGCGCCGCCAUGGCAUGCGUUUGGUACGGUGUGCAAGCUUACAUUGGUGGAAACUGCGUCUACCUCAUGAUCCGAUCCAUCUGGAAGUCUUGGGACCGCACCAAAAUGCCCGGCCCUUUCGACCCCAGUGCUUCAAGCACUCCUGAUUUCGUCUCCUUCGUCAUCUUCUGGGUUUUCUCACUGCCAGCCAUCUGGUUCCCCGUGCACAAGAUCCGCCACCUCUUCACCGUAAAGGCGUACUUUGUCCCGCCGGCUGGCGUUGCGUUCCUGAUUUGGGCGCUCGUUCGUGCCGGGGGAGCUGGUUCUGUCGUUCACAGGUCCAACACUGUUCAUGGCGGCGAUUUGGCCUGGGAAAUGGUCAAAGGCAUCAUGUCCUCCAUUGCCAACUUUUCCACACUCAUCAUCAAUGAUUGUGACUUUACGAGAUUCUCUCGAAAACCGAGGGAUGCCCUGUGGUCCCAGCUGUUGGCCAUUCCCCUAGGCUUCGCUUUGACAUCGCUCAUCGGAAUCUUUGUGUCGUCGUCGUCGACGGUCCUUUACCAAGAGCCCAUUUGGAAUCCUCUCAGGCUCUUGGAAAACUUCAUGGACGACGGGGGCGCGGCCCAGCGAUUUGGUGUCUUUGUGAUUGCUCUUGCCUUUGCCGUCGCUCAGUUGGGCACCAACAUCGCAGCCAACUCCGUCUCAGCAGGCACCGACAUGACUGCCCUUGUUCCGCGGCUUCUCAAUAUCCGACGCGGCGGGUACAUCUGCGCCGCCGUCGGCUUGGCCAUGUGUCCUUGGAACCUUCUCACCAGUGCCAACAACUUCACAACGUACCUCGCGGCCUAUUCCGUGUUUCUCAGCUCCAUCGCAGGCGUCAUGUCCACAGACUACUACCUAGUCCGAAAAGGCUACCUGAACGUCAAGGAGCUGUAUAGUGCUAGGAAAUCGGCUCCGUAUUACUUCACGUGCGGCGUCAACUGGCGCGCCUACGCCGCUUACAUUGCCGGAAUCCUCAUCAACGUGGUCGGUUUCGCUGGUGCGGUUGGCCGGGACGUGCCCAAAGGGGCGACGUAUAUCUACAACCUAAACUUCUUUUGCGGCUUCAUUGUGGCGUCCGCCACUUAUUGGGGGCUGUGCAGGGUAUUUCCCGUGCCCGAAACCAGCGACAGAUGGACGGAAAUCGGCGACACCAUUGACGGCGACUUUCGUGUCGCAUAUGAUGCCUCUGAGGAUGGGUACGAUGCAGAAAAGGUCGCGGCGACGCGUUACGGCAAUGCUGGAAAGCAGCCGGUCAACUUUUCAUGA